AUGAUCAUGGAUGCUGGUAUCAAGAAAGAAAUAGAACAGAAUAGGGAAAUACUAUCUCCAAUUAUUGAUUCUGUCAUUUUUUGUGGACGUCUAGAUUUACCUCUUCGUGGGCAUCGUGAUGAUUCCAAGUAUCACCCUACUGUUGGUUGUUAUUCAUCUGGAGGGGUUGGUAAUUUCAUUGAAACACUCAAUUAUGGAGUUAGGAGAGGGGAUAAAGUUUUAGAAAAUCAUUUAAAGAAUUAUGCAUCUGAUUCUUCACAUAAAGAACAAAUGUCUCUUGUUUUGCGCUUUGUUGAUACCGAUAUGAAUAUCAGGGAAGAAUUCAUUUCAUUUCUUUUUUGUAAGUGGGGACUAAGUGGUGCUCAACUUGCCAAGCUACUUUUAGAGGCUCUAAAGGAACUGACUUUAUCAAUAGAUGAUUGUAGGGGGCAAGGUUAUGAUGGGGCUGGUUCAGUUCCUGGUUGCACUAAUGGUCUAGCAGCUCAAAUUUUAAAGCUUAACCCAAAGGCUCUUUAUACACACUGCUAUAGUCAUAGGUUAAACUUAUCCAUUUGCGAUUCUUUGAGUAUACGAGUUGUCAAUGAUAUGUUGAAACAUGUUAACAAUGCCACUAAUUUUAUUAAAAUUUCCCAAACUCGCAAUAUUCCCUUUGAAAAACAUACACGUAAUUCAGAAACAAACUCGAAAAAGACUAGAUUAACAGACGUUUGCAAAACUAGAUGGGUAGAACGUAUCGAAGGUUUAGAUACAUUCCAAGAGCUUUUUGUACCUGUAUACACCACCCUUAACGAUAUGUCUGAAAAUGUAGAUGGUGAGUUCAAACCGUCGCUUCAGUCUGAUGCCUCAUCUUUGUUUCAACUUAUUGACAGGUUUGAUUUCGUCGUUGCUUUAGUUAUCACGAGAAAUAUUCUUGAUUCAACUCUUCCAGUAACACAGUUAUUACAGGGUAAGAGUAUCGAUAUAAUGGAUGGUAUUCAUUUAAUUUCAACUUUGAAAACUGAGGUGGUGAACAUGAGGAAUUCCUCUGAUUUUUAUCAUGACACCUGGUAUGACGAAGCGCUUGAACUGGCAGCAAAAGUUGGCAUUGAAGAAUGGAAACCAAGAACAGUGCGCAAACAAACGACCAGGGAAAAUAUUCCCCACACAACCAUUUCUGAGUAUCAUAAACGUGCAAUUACUCUUCCUCUACUAGAUCAUUUGCAAUCUUCUUUAGAAUCACGAUUUGACCUUGAGAGUGUGAAUGUCUAUAAAGGCCUUAGCAUUGUACCGACGAAAAUGAUGUCCAUGACAAGAGAUGGGGUGGAUUGGAAAGAGCCAUUCAAAACUGUGGCUAACUUGUGGCGAACAGAAUGCCAGAAAGAGAUACAAUCAAAUAUUACAGCCCCCCUGCAUUCAAACAGCUCUUCCCCCAGGUAG